AUGGAGGAGAAACGGGAUAGUGUCGAUCCCUGCACGGAUCCCACCGCGGAUGAUCAACUUGCACGACUCGGCUAUCAAGCCGAGCUGCCCAGACAACUUAGCAUGUUCUCCGUGAUGGGACUUUCAUUUGCUAUCAUGGCUGUACCAUUUGGCCUCAGCACGACCUUUGCAGCCUCGCUUACAAAUGGAGGCCCUGCUACUGUCCUGUGGGGAUGGGUCAUUGUGAGCCUCAUCUCCAUCGCCAUCGCAUUGUCACUAGCAGAAAUUUGUUCUAUUUACCCUACUGCGGGAGGAGUGUACUACUGGGCUGCGCUAUUGUCCAAACGCAAAUGGGCGCCGGCUGCUAGCUGGGUCACUGGCUGGCUGACACUCGCCGGAAACUGGACAUUAGCGCUAUCAAUCAAUUUCGGUGGAGCCCAGCUUAUAUUGAGCUGCAUUUCCUUAUGGAAUGAAGACUUUGUGGCUACAGAUUGGCAGACAGUGCUCUGUUUUUGGUGCGUCUGUUUGGUAUGUUACCUUGUAAAUAUGGUGGGAGCCAAGCACCUGGAUCUGAUCAACACUAUUUGCGUCUACUGGACCGGAGCCUCUAUUGUGGUUAUUCUUGUCGUAAUCCUUGUCAUGGCACCUGCACGGAAUAGCGGCGCUUACGUGUUUGGCCAUUACGAUUCGUCACAAUCUGGCUAUCCUACUGGCUGGAGCUUCUUCAUCGGCUUGCAGCAGGCUGCGUUCACACUUACGGGGUAUGGCAUGAUUGCUGUGAUGUGUGAAGAGGUACAGCACCCUGAACGAGAAGUACCCAAAGCUAUGGUAUGGUCUGUCGUUGGAGCUGGUAUUACAGGCCUAGUAUACUUGAUCCCCAUCCUAUUUGUUCUCCCGGAUGUGAAGGAGCUGUUGAGUGUAGCGAGUGGGCAACCCCUAGGUUUGCUUUUCAAGCAUGCGACGGGCAGUGCUGGCGGCGGGUUUGGACUUUUAUUCCUCGUGCUGGGCAUUUGGCUCUUUGCUGGAAUUGGUGCCUUGACAGCGUCCAGUCGCUGUUUGUAUUCAUUCGCGCGAGAUGGAGCUGUACCAUGGUCCAGAAUAUGGAGCAAGAUUGACACGCACUUCAAUGUGCCAUUGAUGGCUCUAACACUCUCCACGGUGGUGGCCUGCCUGUUAGGCCUUAUUUACUUUGGUUCAUCGGCAGCCCUGUUCAGCUUUACAGGUGUUGCUACGAUUUGCUUAUCUGCCUCGUAUGCUCUCCCUGUGCUGGUCUCUUUACUGACGGGGCGUGAGAAAGUACGAGAAGCACCAUUCUCACUUGGUUAUUGGGGUUGGGUAGUGAAUGGGGUUACGGUGGCAUGGAUUGUAUUGGCCGUGUUCAUACUCUCCAUGCCGAUCACCCUGAUCGACUUGGCUCCUACGACAAUGAAUUACGCCAGUGUAGUAUUUGCUGGUUUUGCCCUGAUAAGUGUGGCUUGGUACUUUGCCUAUGGACUAAAGCACUUCCACGGUCCACCCAUCUUACUGACAGAUGUCCCGAACUUUGCUAUCGGCAUCCACAAGAACGGUCAGUACGAUUUGGAGAAGGUGGAAAGCCAAGACAAGCCGGAUAUUGAGGUGUCAAACUUCCGGUUGGAUACAUGGAAUGAGUAA